UGGGUUUCUAUUUCACUGAUGCCUGUGUUGAUGUUUCUGAACGCAGGAAUCAUGGUCAGUAAGGAAAGCGGCAAAUGUGUCCUCACGGCAUCAGAGAGUGAGGUGGAGCCUGCCGCCGGCCUGGCCCUGGAGAUGAAGUAUGCCCUGGAUCCCAACCGGCAGAUUAAAAAACGGAAUAAAGCCCUCCAGGUGCGGUUUAAGGAUAUCUGCGAGGCGCAGAAUGAGCAGAGGGACACGCAGCUCUCGGCGGGACAGCCAGGCGAGAAGCGGGAGGCCAAGCCCGUAUCCUACAGGGCAGCCUACCGCAAGUACAUGACCGUGCCCGCUCGGAGGUCCAUCCCCAAUGUCACCAAGAGCACAGGCGUGCAGACCUCGCCAGACCUGAAAAAGUGUUACCAGACCUUCCCUCUGGACCGCAAGAAAGGGACUCUCAAAAGCAUCCCCGCUGCGGAUGCCUUUAAAAGUCACAACAAUGGGUUUGCGGUGGAUGCGAAGGAGAAGCCCGAGGAAGGACCCGGGGAGGAGGCCCGGCCGUGCGGUGCCGGCCGGGUGCACAGGACGGCAGCCUUGGUUUUCCACUCCGAUGAACACAUGAACGCGCUGGACCAGCCUGCUGGGCUCAACUGUGCAGAGCCAUGCAGAAACCCUGACGUGCACAGCUGCCGAGAUGAGCCUCUCCAAAACUCCGCCCGGCCUCCCUCCCAGGAGCCUGAUUACCAGCUGCACGGGAAAGCAAAGCACGACAGGGCGACACCGGACACCGAGGAAGCCGCUCUGUCGGCCCACGGGACCGUGUUUAAAACCGAGGUGGCCACCGUUUAUGCACCUGCCUCCAGCGCAAAGGCCCCCGAGGCUGCCUUGUCAAACUCUGCCGCCACGAGCGAGUGGCCCCUCUGCCCGGCGGCCGACCAGGAGCGGAGGAGAGCCUCGCGUCUCAAUGCGCUCCAGGGUCCCCAGGGCCCCGAGGCGGCCUGCUUGCCCCCGAUGCAGUGCCUGUCCCCCGAAUGUAGCGAGCAGCCCCCGCAGACUCGAGCCCCGCCGGGGGAGGAGAGCCAGCCUUGUCCCACGGCCGCCGCUGUGGGUGAAGAAUGCCGACAAAUCGUGCCUCACACGGAAGUCGUCGAUCUGAAAGCACAGCUACAGGUGAUGGAGGACCUGAUCAGCUCCAGCCAAGAAACCAUCAAAGUGCUCUUGGGGGUCAUUCAGGAGUUGGAGAAAGGAGAGGCCCAUCGGGAAGGGCUUUCAUAUCGGACUGGGCAAGACACAGCUAAUUGUGACACAUGCAGGAACAGUGCAUGUAUUAUCUAUAGUGUGGAGCUGGACUUUAAGCAGCAAGAAGACAAGCUCCAGCCAGUUCUGAAGAAACUCCAUCCUUUUGAGGAGACUCAGGUUGCACCUUCGCCUUACUCUCAGGAGCCCUACUCCGCUACUCCCAAACAAAAAUCCAAACCCGAAUCUAAAAAGCACGGAAGAUGGAAACUCUGGUUUCUUUAAAACUCAUGGUGUGUGGAGCCUAAAGGCCGUCUUUAAAACCCACUGGAGUUAAGUAAAUCCUUUUCCAAAACGAAUAGGAUCGAGUGAGCCGUGGCUGGCUCGGGCGCCUCCCACUUCCCACCCUGCUUACCAAAAAGGCCUUUGUACCAACAGAUAAUGACCAGAAGCAAGGUAGUAAACGUCAUACCUUGCCUGCUGUUCUUUGCCGUUCACGGAUGUGGGAUGUAAAUUCUGAAAUGAAGCUUAGGUAGUCAAAGAUGAUAAGUAAAAAAUUCUAUGACCCCAGCCCCACCCCAGAUCGGCAAGUGUGUUAUGUUAUCAGCCUGCGACACGGUGGGCUGUCACUCUGUACACAGCUAAAACUCAUAAUUAUUUUCAAGCCUUUACUUUUUCUUUUCUUUUUUUUAAAUAAUGAGAAGAAAAAGCAAGCCUUACGUUUGCAAAGGACUUCAUUUUUAUGUUUAAUUUUGCAAAUAAGCAGGGGGCGAGUGCCAUUUUCAGCACAUCAAAUUCUGGAGAAAGCACAAUUUUUUCAAGUGGUCGGAGACCAUACUCUCUAAAAUGUGACUAUAUGUGUAUUUGCCUUCACGUGCUAUAGCGCUAAGCCAAGUGACCACAUCUCAGUGUCACACUGACACCUCAAACUUAGCAUUCUCUUCAUCUCCAGACCUGCGACAUGUUUACUGCUCACUUUCCAUAUGGCCAGCAGCCAGGAGUCGCCCAAAGUCAGGACAUGCCUUUAAUCACUGAAGUUGACAGGGUCAGAGCUAUUGGACACUAAGCUUUCUUAGAUCUCAUUUUUAAUCUUUUGGUACCCAAAGGCCAAAUGAUAAAUUCUGGGAAGAAUUUGAAAACACACACAGAGAUACACAAUGGAUAAUACAGUCACCAAUAAAUCACAGGUGUUCUCUGCCACUGGAAAGUGUUUCCGUGGAUCAGUCCUUGAGACACUGUUCAUCGCCAAAAGCGCAGCCAGACGUUUCAUACAAUUCAUUCUGCUCUGUAACCACCGUGGAAGACCGACCAUCUCAAAGAGAAACCGCGUGUUUAGUUUAGCUGCUACCAACAAACAAACUUAAUGUCACCUACAUCUAACCUAUUAGUCAGUUGUACUCAGUAACAUACCUAGGGGAAA